AUGCAACUCAGUAUUGUAACCUCCGCCCUCCUCGCCCUCUGUGUAAAGGCGGCUACCGCCGCCAGCCACGCAUACACUGGACCUGCGAUCUCCUAUACCCCUUCCGGCAUUAUUGGUACCUGCGGAGUGGCCAUUCAGAAUUCCGACUUUUCCGUGGCACUCGAUAACACUCAGUUUGUGCAUGGCAGAUUCUGCGGACGCAAGGUCAAAGUGUUCUAUGGGGGAAAGAGCGCUAUCGUCACUGUUGCCGACAAAUGCCCUACUUGUGUUGGCGGCAUAGGUCUCACCCCAGCUGCAUUUGAGUACUUUGCGCCGCUCAAAAGUGGAUGGUUCAAAGCCACUUGGGAAUUCGUAUGA